GCUUCAACGCAUCUCUUCUCCGGAUGUUCCCGUGUUUCACACGGGUUCGUGUUAGGAGUUACGUACCGGUGACACGCUGCGCUCAGAAAUGAACGCGAUGACAUAAACGAGCCCCAGGAACUAACCAAGUCAAACACAAAAGCUGCAACAUUGAGCUUUUCAAGAUGGUUUUAGAAUCUAUUUCAAGGAUAAUAAAAGUCCAGCUUCCAGCCUACCUCAAGAGGCUUCCGCUUCCGGAGACGAUCGGCGGAUUUGCGAGGUUAACAGUGUCUGAGUGGCUCCGGUUGCUGCCUCUCCUGGGCAUCCUGGCUCUGCUGGGCUAUCUGACCAUCCGCCCAUUCCUGCCCAAGAAGAAGAAGCAGAGAGACAGUCUGAUCAACCUGAAGAUUCAGAAAGAGAACCCCAAAGUGGUCAAUGAGAUAGACAUCGAGGACCUAAACAGCGCAAGUGUAUGCUACUGUCGCUGUUGGCGCUCCAAAACUUUUCCUGUGUGUGACCGGUCACACUUAAAGCACAAUGAGCUAACUGGAGACAACGUGGGACCGCUCAUACUCAAAAAGAAGAUACUAUAAUUGGCCGCUGAUGGGAGUUUUCUUCUCACUUCCCCAGUCUUUGGUUUUCAUAGUUGACUCCAUUUCUGUCUUUUUGUUUUAGUUAUUUUUUUUUUUUAAACAAAAGUCUUUAUCUUGUUUAAGUUGCUCAGAAAUGCAGACAACCAGAAUCUCUAUUUGAAGUCCUAUUUGGUCCUAAAACACCUAAAAACUGUUGUGAAAACUGUAUUUUAGGUUCUUUAAUGAUAUCAAGCAGUAAGGAAGCUGUUUUUCUUUUUUGGGCCUUCAUCAUUCACUUUAACACAUGACUGCAAAUUAAAUUGUAGUCAUGUCUAACUCUUUUUGGAAUCAAUUAUAAAUCAUCGGGACCACUUUGAGAGGAAGGCUUGAAACAUAAAUACAGUAACCUUAUGACUCAAUAUUCUGAAACCAGUUACAUGGUUGUUUAAUUGAAAUACUUUCUACUAGUCCAACAUGUAACCAACAUGUUGUACUGUAUUAUUCUUAGGUUUUAUUGUCUUUGUGCCAAAUAUCAACAUACUGUUCACUCUUUCAGGAUGUGAUUUAUUCUCUCAUAAGUUAUUGUGUGUAUGGGAAAUGGUCAAAUAUAUGUGUUGCCUUUUUAUAAACGUUUGAGUUUUCAAUUUUGUUUUCAACUCUGUUGCCUACAAACAUUUCAAACCACUACACCGUUGAGUAAUAUCCAGUUGUACACCAUUUUAACCUCAGUACGGUGUUGAGGUUUCAGAAAGUAACUUCUGCAGCACAAGACUUUUGCAAUUUACUGUUUGUUUUUCUAGCUUCUGUAUUGUCAUAAUGGCUGCAUCUAGUUGACGACCUGCUGGAAUAUUCCUUCUCGAUCCAUCAGCAACAUUUUAUACAUAAUGGCUUGUAUCGUGAGCACAAUGAUGCCUUUGAAUGACUGUCUUUAUGAAUCUUUGUAAGUUGAUGGCUUACCGGUACAUGGAUUUCUGUUUAAUUUGUAAAAAGCAAUCGGGAUGUUAAACUUAACCAUUUUUGGCAAACAGGA